AGACUGACUGACUUGCAAUAACUAGUAAGUGAGAGGAAACGCCCCUCCAGGCACCAUCCCAUUCCCACAAGGCCACAACCCAUUACCCUAAAAAGCAUAUACAGGUGUAGAACAGAGCAGCAAGCUGAAAUCUGAGAGGAAAUGGCUCAGGAUGCAUUGGUAACACGCGACGUGAACACCGAGUCAUUUCGACUCGUGAGCGGUCAUAGCAUACCAGCCGUGGGUUUGGGUACUUGGAGGUCUGGUUCUCAAGCUAUCAACUCUGUCUUCACUGCAAUUGUUGAGGCUGGAUACAGACAUGUGGAUACGGCUUUAGAGUAUGGAGUUCAAGAAGAGGUGGGAAAUGCUCUCAGCGCAGCCAUUCAAGCAGGCGUGGAUAGAAAAGAUCUCUUCAUCACAUCAAAGCUAUGGUGCACUGACUUGUCACCAGAGAGGGUAAGGACUGCGUUGAUGAACACCCUUCAGGAACUACAGCUGGACUAUCUUGAUCUCUAUUUGAUCCACUGGCCAUUUCGGCUUAAAGAUGGAGCAACGAAGCCUCCAAGGGCUGGGGAUGUGUUGGAGUUUGACAUGGAAGGAGUUUGGAGAGAGAUGGAGAAGCUUGUGAAGGAUAAUCUUGUCAGGGACAUUGGUGUUUGCAAUUUCACAAUUACAAAGCUCGAAAAGUUACUUAAAUUUGCUCAAACCAUGCCAUCAGUGUGUCAGAUCGAGAUGCAUCCUGGAUGGAAGAAUGAUAAGAUGUUGGAAGCUUGCAAGAGGAAUGGCAUCCAUGUGACUGCUUAUUCUCCAUUGGGAUCGUCUAAAGGGGGGAGAGACCUCAUCCAUGACCCAACAGUUGAUAGAAUAGCAAAGAAACUGAACAAGACGCCAGGCCAGAUAUUGGUUAAGUGGGCCCUGCAGAGAGGGACCAGCGUCAUUCCCAAAUCAACCAACCCCGAAAGGAUCAAAGAAAACAUACAAGUAUGUGGAUGGGAAAUCCCGGCCCAGGACUUCAAGGCGCUCUGCAAUCUUCCUAAUCAGAAGCGGGUAUUGGACGGAGAGGAUGUGUUUGUGAACAAAAGUGAUGGACCAUACAGGAGUGCGGCCGAUCUGUGGGACCAUGAAGAUUAAUUGCUUCUGAUGAUGCAAUACAGAAUAACAUGGGUGUAAUUAUAUAGAGUGCUUUCAGUGUGUUUUAUAGAAUAAAUAAAUCAACAAACAGAUAGAUACCUAGAAUUAGUACUGUUCAUCCGUGUUCUGUGGUUGAUGAUAUCAGUGGUUUUUACACAA